GUCUGGAAUUACAAGCCUCCCUGUGAUCUGUCACUUUUAUAUAUAUGCUCGAGGGAGCGGAGUGGUUUCCAUAGAGAGGAAGUCUCACAGCCCACUUAGGAACAAUACAAGAAGGAGCCGUGACCCAGCGGACACAGAAGUUCUGGGGGAUGUCCCUGGGGCCCACCUCCUGGUCCUGAACUGCAGCCGCCUCAUUGAGCAUUUCCACUCCGGAGAGAAGGCCACACUCUCAGGGAGAGAUGCUGGUGCUGGCCCACUUCCCACUGCUGCUCCUGCUCCUGGGGGUGCCCCAGGCCGGCCUCUCCCACAGGUCCUACAAAGCCAAGCCCCUCUCCAGCUGCAUCGAUGUGGCCCUGGUUGCAGCCACUAAGAGCCAGCUGGAGGAUGCACCCCUGCUGAGCAAGAGGAGCUUCCCCUACCUGCCCGGCCAACACCCAUCCUCAGGGGAGGAUGAGGAAAAGGAGGAAGAGGAAGCAGACAAGGGGAAAAGGACCUUCUCUGGCUCUGGAGGUGGAGGCAGGGCUGGAAGCACCCAGUACAAAUACCUGUCCCAAGGAGAGCUCAGGGGGAGGCUGUACCGGGACAAGGCCAAGAGUGACCGGCGUGCCAAGUUCACUCUGUCCCUCGACGUCCCCACUAACAUCAUGAACAUCCUGUUCAACAUUGCCAAGGCCAAGAACUUGCGAGCCAAGGCAGCUGCCAACGCCCACCUGAUGGCCCAGAUUGGGCGGAAGAAGUAGAAGCAGAGGCCAGCAGGGGGCACAGCACGGGAGGGCAAGGACCCGGGUUGCAGGCCGUGUGGACGGUGAGGGUGUCCUAGGGUUAUGGGCUGCUGUCCUGCCUCCUGCCCAGCUCCCUCCUCCCUGUAUAUACACACCAUUGCUGCGGUCACACACAGGCCAUCACAGGCUCAUCCCUCCUUCUGGGUCUUCUUCCCCAUGACAAAUAGCAAAGGUCAUGCAGACCUGCACCCCACUUCUCCCUGGACCCCAUGCCUAAGAAGAGGGUGCUCGGGGCCCCUCUCUGCAUCCAGCCCGGCAGAAGCCAGGAGACCAGGAUACACACUGCUCACCAUCCUGCCACCAGCUCCCUUCUUCCCUC